ACACACAGACUCUCUCACUCUCUCUCUCUCUGACUGAGCCAAGCGGCAGCAGCGGAGCAGCAGCACAACAUUCCAUCUCUGAUCGGACUCGGGAUAGGGAUUCCUCUGUGCAUGUAAUCAACACCACUCUACAUCAGCAGACCAUUCACACACACACACACUUGCACCCCACAGCCCUCACACGCUGAAGGAGAGUUUUGCCAAAAGAAAUAAACCUUUUUAUUUUCGCGUAUUUAUGUUCUAUUAUAUUAAGUGAAAGCAUCCCUGGGAAUUAAAGGUCUAUCAAGCUGUGGUGUUAAUGAUGUCACCCUGCUCUUUAUAAAGCCAGCCUUGCCUGCAUUUCAGAAGGUCAUAUAUAAGUCUGAUACGAGCGAGCAAAGACUUUCCAAUGGACUUGCACAGAACAGCUUUCAAGAUGGAGAAUUCUUCCUAUCUCCCUAAUCCCCUAGCAUCUCCAGCUUUGAUGGUCCUAGCCUCCACAGCAGAGGCUAGCCGAGAUGCCUCCAUCUCUUGCCAGCAGCCUAGACCUUUUGGAGUACCCGUCUCAGUGGACAAAGAUGUCCACAUCCCUUUUACCAAUGGUUCAUACACCUUUGCCUCAAUGUACCAUCGUCAAGGUGGGGUGCCGGGGGCCUUCCCCAACCGAGAUUUCCCCCCUCAGCUUUUGCAUCUGCAUCAUCAAUUUGCACCUCCAAAUCUGGACUGUACCCCCAUCAGCAUGCUGAACCACAGCGGCGUUGGGGCAUUCCGGCCUUUUGCCUCCGCUGAAGACAGAGACAGUUAUCAGUCUGCCUUUACACCUGCCAAAAGACUAAAGAACUGCCAUGAAAAUGAAUCCCCCCAUCUGAGGUUUUCAGACUCUGAGGGCAAGGAAUAUGAGUUCACAGCCCAGCUCCCAUCCAGUUCCCCCAGCUCACUAAAACUAGAUGACUCUGGAAAAAAGGUCUUUGCUGUGUCAGGUCUCAUCUCUGACCGAGAAAAUUCUGCAAGCCCUGAAGACAGUCGAAAUGAGAGAUGUAAGAAGAAAGCAACUCUGUAUGAUACCCAAGCUCCAAUAUGCCCCAUCUGUCAGGUACUGCUCCGCCCAGGUGAACUACAAGACCAUAUGGAACAAGAGAUGGAAAAGCUCACUCAGAGCAAUAUAUGUAAGCAUUCCAUGUUGAAGGACAACACACUCCAAGGGACUGUGAAGUCUGUAUUGCUAUCAGCACCAAUUAAAAAGGAAGGGGAAUCACCGACAGCAUCACCUCUCUCUGCAGAUGACACUCAUCAUUCAGACAGAUACCAGACAUUUUUGCGAGUAAGGUCCAACAGGCAAGCAAGGCUGAAUGCACGGAUAGGGAAAAACAAGAGGAAGAAGGCCUCAGACGAUGGCCAGGUAUGUCCACUAUGCAAUGAGACGCUCUCUGGAUCUGUGGAGGAGAUGAGUAGACAUGUGGAAGCCUGCCUGGACCAGAGAGAUGGCUCUUACACAAAUGAUGAUGAGUCUGUGGACAUAGAAAAUGAAAGUGCAAGCGGGAACAGAUUUGAAGAAUAUGAAUGGUGUGGACAGAAGAGAAUACGCGCUACAACCUUAUUAGAAGGUGGCUUUCGUGGAUCCGGGUUUGUCACGUGCAGCAGUAAAGAGAACCAUGAUAGUGAUGCAGAUCUUGAUGUGGAUGGAGACGACACCUUGGAGUAUGGGAAACCACAAUACACAGAAGCAGAUAUUAUACCAUGCACUGGAGAAGAACCAGGAGAGGCCAAAGAGAGGGAGGCAUUACGUGGUGCUGUGCUAAAUGGUGGAACACCCAGCAACAGAAUAACACCAGAAUUUUCCAAAUGGGCAAGUGAUGAAAUGCCCUCAACAAGUAAUGGGGAGAGUGGCAAACUAGAGGUGCAGACACAGAAGACAUGUAAAAACAGCGAGAUUGAAAAGAUAUCUGAAGAUGCAACUGUAACGACAAUUGAAGCACUGAAAGCCCGCAUCCGUGAAUUGGAACGACAACUGUCUCGUGGAGAUAGAUAUAAAUGUCUUAUUUGUAUGGACUCCUACUCGAUGCCCCUUACAUCAAUCCAGUGUUGGCACGUUCAUUGUGAGGAAUGCUGGCUCAGAACAUUGAUUGCCUGGCUGAACAGAUACAGACAGUGGAAUAGUAGACGGGGACAAUGUGACACUACAGCUGUUCCAUGCAGUACAAUGGGUGCCAAAAAGCUCUGCCCUCAGUGCAACACCAUCACAUCUCCUGGAGAUCUCAGGCGCGUGUAUUUGUGAAGGAGUGGGACGCGAAUGAAAGACCACACUUAUCCUGAGGUCUAGUUAGACACAGUGCCUCACAGCAGGAAGAGGACCGCAGACAAUUGUGGGGUAGCAACAAAAAAGUGAACAAAUAUUCCAUUUUUGUUUUUCUCUUAAAUGUUUGGAAGAAGAGAAGCAACCCAUCCAGGAGGAAAACUUGGUAAUCCUGUUAGUUGUAUUUAAAAAAAAAAAAAGGAUCCCUAAUACCCAUCCGAGUUCUAUCAGAUGAUUGAUGCUCAGAACAUACACACAAGCCUCCUCCCUAAUCCUGGUACUGGACGCUACGUCUACUUGAAGACAUUCUGGGCUGUACAUUGUGAAUGGAUCUGUACUGUGUUCUAUUGUUGUGUUAUAGUGACAAAAAAAACAAAAGAUGAAGCACAUGUAAUAUAAAUUAUGUAUGUUUACACCAUUGAUUGUGUAUAAAUGGAAUAGACUUAUGAACAGUGCAUACUAAUAAGUCCUCAAUCAUUCUGAGAGAAAAAAAAGAGAAGUGAUAUGCAUUAAACCUAUAGUAUUUUUACCCAGGCUGUCUUAAGAUUUAAAUAUCUUGAGUUGAUGGUUAAAAAUGAAUCUCGUUUAAUGAAUAAUUUGUGGUGUAUAUUUCUCAUUCAGAGUAAAGUACCAGCUUUGGUAAUGGCUGUAAUACUACCCAUAACUUAAAUGCUAAAUGAUGUGGACAAGUUGGCUUGUCUUAGUUGUAACAAAUGGGCUGCUUGUACUAGGAGCCUGACCCGUUUUAAAUAUCAGGCAGCCGCCGCCGCCGCAGCAGCAGCAGCAGUCCACUGAGGGAGAACCAGGGUGAGCCCUGUGUCGCAGCCACGGUCUACUCCCUGAACUGUAAGCUGUGUUUGUUCUUGUGGACCAGCGUUGUGCUGUGUGUCUCAGUUGUACCAGAAUAUGUAACCAGUUAUAAUGUUUGUUAUUCAUGUGAAAAUUCCUGGAAUAUACUCAAGAAUUUGAAGGUAGAUUUUGAAAGGGAUGCAGAGCUUUUGUGAUUCAUGGUUGUCUGCAACAAUUGGCAAUACUGCCCCUCACAACAAAUGUAACUGAAUUGGCUUCAUCCACUGUUUAUGAGAACCUUUCCGGUGUUACCAAUUGUUAAAGUUUGUCAUUAUAAGUCACCCAGUUUUAGUGUUGUGUCUUGUUAAUAAGGUGGUUAGACUUUGGUUCCUGAUUCUCUUCUGUAUCACAUUUAUGCUACAUUCUGGGACGAUCAUGAAACCAUGCAGCUCGCAAAUACAUAUAAAAUGCUUGGCUCCCAAGGAACAGAUUAUAAAACCAGUGGAAGAACUAAGGUCCACUCAAUUCUUUACAAAUUCACUUGUGGUCAAUGACAACCCACAGGUCUAAAAAUAAGCAAAAUAUUACCGAAUUAUUAUAGAAUUUGACCUUUGAUGUAGAAUCUCCUGGCCAGAGAGGCCUACAUGAUGAAAUUUAAAUGCAACCACCUUUUUUGAAGUUGGUUGGACAUAGUUGCAAUUCCUUACAAGUUUAGUUCCUUUCUUUCUCUUUAAUGACCAGUUGCUGUUUUUAUGUAUCCAGACAUCCCAUGAGCGCUGGAUUUUUUUUCAAACAACUGUUGCCACACAGUUCAUGUAAUAUGGGUUUAAUGAACAAAGCAUGAAGUAUCCAUUAACACACUGGCAUUUGCUAAUAAAAUAUUCAGUCCUUGCAAAAUAA